ACCCCCAGUCCCGCGCGACCUUGAUUGCCGCCAUUUUGUGCAUGCGUUCUAUGCGUUCUGCUUCGUCCAAGUUCUGCGAAAAAAAAUAUUGUGCAAACUUCUGUUCUCAUGUAGAUCGGAAAAGUUAUUCUCUGUUAGAUCGUCAAGACAAAGAUGUAAAAAUAUAGAAAUAUGCCGAGAGGAAAUCUUUUUGAGAACUAUUAAUUGUCUUGUGGAUUUAUGAUUUCGAUGUUGGAUUGAUGUAAUACACGCGAUCGAACUGACUACAAAUACAAGAUGGCGAGCGUAGCUCAACAGAAACCACCGUUCCCUCCGCCUGACGACCAAGAGCUUAAGAACAUCAUUGACAAGUUAGCUAACUUUGUUGCGAGGAAUGGCAGCAAGUUUGAGGACAUGACCAAGGAAAAACAAAAGAACAACCCAAAGUUCAGUUUCCUUUAUAGUGGUCAGAAUUAUCAUAACUAUUACAGAUGGAGAGUUUCUGUGGAAAUUGCAUCAAAUCAAACCCAGCAGCAUCAGCAGCAAACACAAAUGGUAGCAAACAGUCAAUACAACAAACCUCAGAGCUCAGCCCUCGUACAGCAGGCUUUGGUCCAACAAUCAAUCAACUCAGCACCCUGGCAACAACAGCAACAGCAAACUCCCCCUCAACAGGUUGUGACAGCUGUGCCACCACCAGCUCAAUAUGCCGCUCCUCCACCCACUGUUUACCAGAAUGCUCCUCAGCCCCCUAGUGACUUAGAUUUUCAAGAGUUUGAUGGCAUGUUACAGAAGCUAAUGGAUUCAUGUACUAAAGAUGCUAUUUCUACUGGGCGUGGCUGGGUCUUAAAUAAUGCCAAGUCGCCUCAACACUGCCACCACAUCAUGGAGUAUAUCCUAAAAAAAUGCUUUGCCCCAGGCCUUACUUUCCCAAACAAACUGCACCUGGUCUACAUCAUAAAUGACAUUGUGCAUCACGCUGCUCGAAAAAACUUGACUGACCUUAACAGUGCAGUCAAAGAGGUUGUUGUACCAGUGUUUUGUUAUGCGAGGCAAGGAGACAUUGGAGAAGGCAUGCAGAAGCUCACCAAAGUACUAGGAAUCUGGGAAACAAAUGAUUUCUUUGAUGCAGCAACUUUACAGAAACUCAAAAACCCAGAGUCAGCUAAAGCAGAAGUUGAAGAAGUUCAGAAAAGGUUAAGCCAAGGUCAGUUUUCCAGCAACGCCAAUUACCAACAACAACAAGCUUCCCCUAUCCAAAAUGAAUUUCAAGCAAAACAAGCUUUCCAGCAAUACCCAAAUUACCAGCAAUACCAACAACAGUACCAGCAAUACUACCACCAGUAUCCACCGUACCAACAGCAAAACCCUGGACAGUUCCCCCCAACUGCUCCACCAGGGUUUAACCAGCCACCUCCAUCUUUUGGUAUAGGCCAGGCAGUCCCUGGCCAGCCACAAGGAUACCAACAAGAGGAAAAUGUAGGCCACGCAUCACAUGACCAGCAAGGACAAUCACAGGCAAAGGAGGAAAGGCCACAACAGGUCUUGUCAGAAGAGUCCAGUGAAGCUUCAGAUGAACCCCCAGAUGAGCAAAAGCAAAGUGAUGGUAUGAAUGCUCAGGCAUCCAACGAAGGGUGUGGCCAGAAAGGGGGUCCAACCGACCAAAGGCGUAACCACGAGGGUGAUCCCUAUCAUGGUGGACCUUUCAAUCAGGCGCUGCCAGGAUUUCCUCCACGAUGGGGUCCCCCACCCCACAUGCCUCCAGACUACAGGGGCUUCCCACCCCCAAACUUUCCUCCCCCUGACUUCAGCCGCCCCCCUCCAAACUUCAAUGACCCAGCCUUCCAGGGCCGACCACCUCCCUUUGUGAGGCCCCCGCCUCAGCAAUUUGAUUACCAGCAUGGCCGUGCCAACAUGGAUAUACCUCCGCCCAUUGAUUAUAACCAUGGCCGACCCCCACAUGAUGACUUUGGUCAUGAGGCCUAUGGGCCAGAUGACUAUGGACCGGACAGCUAUGGUCCAGAAGAGUUUGGGCCCCCACCUGUGCCCCCGCCACCACGCCCUAUUAUACCAGAGGCUAUGUACUAUGAGCUACCUGCUGGCCUCAUGGCACCUAUGGUCAAGCUGUCUGAUGUAGACUACGUCCCACUGAACCCUGCUGAUAUCCGCUUACCGGCACCUCAGCCACCCAGUGAGCGUCUGCUAGCAGCAGUAGAGGCUUUCUAUAGCCCCCCUAGCCAUGAGAGCCCUCGUAACGCUGAUGGAUGGGAGCAGAGUGGGCUGUUUGAGUUCUAUAAGGCCAAGUUGCCAUUCUUAAAACAGAGGGAUCUUACAAAGAAGGACCGCCCUGUGCCGCCAAGUACCCCUCCCAAGAAAACUUCCCCUGACCAAUCCAGGUCUCGGUCCAGGUCUCCACGGUCACAUAGGUCGACAUCCCGGUCCCCAAGACGUCGACAUUCCCCCUCGGUCAGCCCACCCUACAGGCGCCGCUCCCGGUCCCGCUCACCACAGAGGCAAAGGUCCUGCUCCCGAUCUCGGUCUAGAUCCAAGUCUCGCUCCAUUUCACCCAUGUUUCGCUCAUCUGACAGAAAAAGUCCAAGUCCACCUGCAUUCAGCCCGUUUGUCACUAAAACCACAGAGACAAGAUUAGAUGAGACUAACGUUGGCCAUCAAAUGCUCAAGAAAAUGGGCUGGGAGGGAGCUGGGCUUGGCAAGAACGAGAGAGGAAUUCAAAAUCCUAUCCAGGCUGGGGAAGUACGGGAGAGACAUAACAUGUACAAGGGAAUUGGUGUGGAAGAGGAUGACGUGUUCGACAAAUUUAGAUACAAGCGAAGUUAUACAUAUAACAGACCAGAAGGAAAAUAACCUGUUCCUGUAAAAUUUUGUAUCUCCUUAGUGGAACUUCCUCCCAAACCAGCACCCGAAUAACACGUGUCCAGAUUGAUCGGUCUUCCUGUGUUUUGAGUGCAGGGCCCAAACUGGUUGGCCAGCGGUAUAACUGUGCUUAGCCAUGUGCGGCAACACGGGACCUUCGUUGAACCUCCUAUCCCAUGCAGUUCAACUCAAUCCGGGUUCAUCCUAUUUCCAUAAAUUUAUACCCAAACUGCAUUCUUUCCUCAUUUUGCGUAGUCACCCAUUGUCCAAAACAUAUCUUGACGGUCUAGACCACCGUCCAAACCAAUCUUGACCACCGUCUAGACCAAUAAUUAACCUGCAUGGUUUUACUCCUUGUACUAGAAAUAUACUGCAUACAUGCAACAAGAUGAUUAAUUGUCCAAGAGUUCUCACUAACAAGUCAGGAACCAAUUCUACUGCAGAGGAGAAACGGUUGAUUGGUCAAUGAGGUUUGAGUGACAGUGCUAAAAAUAUUUGACCGUACAGAAGCAAGUCAUUAAUUAGACAAAGCGAUUUGGUCCAUUGCGUAGAUUCUAGAUAUCGCUUGUCCUACAUCUUGGCGGUGUUUGUUGUGCUAUAUGCCAUACUGUAAAUAAACAUCAAUACAUUGG